CCGGGCUGUGGCAGUGUGCACACAGGCGCCGGGAGGUCGCUCCUGGUUGAUCUUGGCUCCAUUGUACGCGUGUCUUAUCAGACUGACACCAGUUGGACACCCUAAGGAGAAGAAUCGCACCAAAUUGUGAUUCAUUUGGCUGCUUCGGCCCGAGAAGCACCUGCCCGCAGGAUACGGACACAAAAGAAGCGGGAGUCAGGGAGGAGAGCUCCCCCGCCAUACGCGUCAUGGGAGCGGGGAGAACGGAGGCUCCCAAGUGCACACACACCUGAGACUUUUUAGCCGAUUUCUUUUUUCCAUCCACUGCCUUUGAACUUUGGUCUUUCAACCGGAAUUGUUAUCAUCUACAGCCAGGGACUAUUGCUUGCUUUUUGGUGGGGGGAGUCUGCUGAAGCUCGCAGAGGAUGAUGGUGCUGUCUGCGUGCGUCAAGUUGACAAUCAUAUUGCAUUUCUCGUCCCUCACGAGCGGACAUUUGGCAGAAGAUCACUCGCCUAAAAUUUGGCCCCCUGAGAAUCCAGUCAUUCUUCAUCAUGGGGACGCUCUUAAUCUCACAUGCAGGGGGCUCGGACCGCUGCACUGGACGCUUCCAACCCCGGUGGACCCUCGCCGAUCUUUUUCCAGAGAGGGCGUGAAGGUGCAGCAGUGUGAUUCCAGACGAUUCCAUCGCUCUCACUGCAGCAAACUGGUGAUCACGCAGCUGAGUGCCAACCACACGGGCGCAUACCGCUGUAAAUACUCCAGAGACGGCUCAGACUACACGGCAUCCACAUACGUCUACGUCACAGAUCCUGAGCAGCCGUUUGUGGAGCCCCACGAUCAGACACCUUACAUCCUGGGCAUCGACAGGCAUGAGACCAGCCUUGUGAUUCCUUGCCAUACGUCCUCCCCCAGUUUUGUUGUCAAACUGAAUGCGGUCCCACAUUUUUCUGAGAAAAGUGUCAAGGAAAUACAAUGGGAUCCAAAGGUGGGCUUCAGAAUCCCUUACAGUCCCUCCACUGCGUACACCAUGUUGACCUGCACCGCCGUUGUCAAUGGUCGUGAGUUCAGCUCGGUGUACAUGCCCAGGAGACAGUCUACUUUCCUGGAGAACGUGAUGGUCACCCCUGAGCGCGUCAGAGUGUUGGUUGGCGACACGCUCGUCCUCAACUGCACCGGCCAGACCACUUUUAAUGAAAGGAUCAGCUUCACUUGGGAUUUCCCAGGGAAGAACGAAAAUCGCCAUUCCACACAGGCAACAAUGGAGCGUCCUGCUGUUGUUUUUACAAUGAGCAAGGCACUCGUGCUGCCCAACGUUACAAUGGAAGACAAGGGCUUUUAUCGCUGCAAAGCUGAGACUUUGCCCACCAAACAUAAGAACGCCACAGCGAAAGUCAUUGUCUACGAGCACCCAUUUAUCAACAUUUCCUAUAAACAUGAGCGGCACGGCACGGUGGUGGUCAAAGAGGGCAGAAAGAAGCUCGUGUUUGAACCCAAAGUCAACGCUCUGCCACCACCGGAUGUGAUGACCUGGUAUAAAGAUGAUGUCCCCAUCCUGAGGAAUUCCGACUGCUACAGGACGUCUGGUCUCAGCUUGAUCAUCACUGAUCUGCAGCGGAACCACGCCGGGGUCUACACCGUCAGCCUCGGACACCGAGCCAAGGGCCUGUACCGCAAUCUCAGCUACAGCCUGGAAAUCGAAACGAAGCCCAAUAUUUCCGAGGGGGAGUUUGCCACGGCGGACAUCCAGCCCUACAUGCUUGGCAGGCCGCACCAGCUGACCUGCACCGCUCACGGGAGGCCCAUGCCAAACAUCACCUGGCUCUGGCAGCCGUGUGUAUCCAGCCCGACCCUUAAACGCUGCAUUGUCUCCCCCGACCCAGUGGUGGUCAAUGUGAGCCAAAAGCGCCACUCCAGCAACUGGAUAAAGAGCAUUAGUACCGAGCCUAAAAAGGUUCAAGGGGAAAACAAGAUCGUGAGCACCCUGGAGAUAGGAGACGCCAGCGUGUCAGGAAAUUACACCUGUUUGGCCCAGAAUGAAAAUGGCAAAAGCACAAUGGCCGUGCCUUUCUACGUCACUGAUCACCAGGAGGCGAUAUCCAUCCAUCCCCCGUCCGCCCUGGAGAGGGACGACAUCACUUUGACCUGCCGGGCCUCUCGAUACGUCUACAUGGACCUGCAGUGGUUGGACCCCAGGAAUCAAACCGUCACCUCAAACGUGUCCGCUCUCCAGCUCAGCCUUUACUCCAUUUCCCUUUCUCUCCACGUGCGCAACGUGACCAAAAACAGCACUGCCGGCUACAAGUGCCAAGCGUAUAAGCGGCAAGAUAAGGUUGAAGUUAAGUCGGCUGCUUUGAAUGUGACCGCGAGAAUGCAUCCCCGUCUGAGUCAAAAUCUCACCAAUCAGGAUGUGAACAGUAGCACCACCCUGAUGCUGACUUGCCUCGCACACGGGGUUCCGCAGCCCAACGUCACAUGGUACAAAAACAGCGUAAUACUGGAGGAAGGCCCAGGAAUCAACCUGCAGAAGGACGGAGCGCUGAUCAUCGAGAGGGUGAAGAAAGACGAUGAGGGUCUUUAUGAGUGCGUGGCCAGCAACAGCGAGGGUGUGGUCAAAAGCGCCGCCUUUGUCACCGUGCUCGGCGAGGAAGGAAAGCCAAACGUGGAGGUUAUCAUUCUGGUGUGCACGGGGGCCGCCGCCACCUUCCUCUGGCUCAUGCUCAUCCUCUUCAUCCGCAAGCUUAGGAAGCAACCAGCGCAGUAUAAAAUGGGUCCAUCCAUCAUCAUCGACCCUGAUGAGUGUCCGCUCGACGAGCAGAAUGACCUCCUCCGCUAUGACGGCAGCAAGUGGGAGUUUCCUCGUGACCGCCUGCGACUAGGCAAAACUCUCGGCCACGGAGCUUUUGGAAAAGUGGUGGAGGCUUCUGCCUUUGGGAUCGACAAACUGUCCACCUGCAAGACUGUUGCAGUCAAGAUGCUGAAAGGUGGCGCGACGUCAAAUGAGCGCAAAGCCCUGAUGUCUGAGCUAAAGAUCCUGAUUCACAUCGGCCACCACCUCAACGUGGUCAACCUGCUGGGAGCGUGCACGAAGCCCGGAGGGCCGCUGAUGAUGAUCGUGGAGUUCUGCAAAUACGGUAAUUUGUCCAACUACUUGAGAGGCAAGAGAGAGGACUUUGUCGUUUACAAGAGCCGGGACGGCAAGGUGGUGGCGUCGGGCACGGGCUGCGAGCUGAGCGAGCUGAUGAAGCGCCGCCUGGAGAGCGUGGCGAGCACGGGAAGCUCGGCCAGCUCCGGUUUCAUCGAAGAUAAGAGCUACUGCGACUCGGAGGAAGAGGAAGACGAGUCGGAGGAUUUAUACAAGCGAGUCCUGACUUUGGAGGAUUUGAUUUGCUACAGCUUCCAAGUGGCAAAAGGCAUGGAGUUCUUGGCGUCUCGCAAGUGCAUCCAUCGUGACUUGGCCGCACGGAACAUUCUUCUUUCGGAGAACAAUGUGGUGAAGAUUUGUGAUUUUGGACUGGCCAGAGACAUCUACAAGGACCCCGAUUACGUGCGCAAAGGAGACGCCCGCCUGCCGCUCAAGUGGAUGGCACCCGAGGCCAUUUUUGACAAGGUCUACACCACUCAGAGCGACGUGUGGUCCUUUGGCGUUCUCAUGUGGGAGAUCUUCUCGUUGGGUGCGUCGCCAUACCCCGGCGUCCAAAUUGAUGAGGAAUUUUGCUGCAGACUUAAGGAGGGCACCAGGAUGAGAGCUCCAGAAUACUCGUCCUCUGAAAUAUAUCAAACCAUGUUGGACUGCUGGCAGGGGGAACCGCAGGAGAGGCCCACCUUCACCGAGCUGGUUGAAAGAUUGGGAGACCUGCUCCAGGCAAGCGUGCAGCAGGAGGGGAAACACUACAUACCCAUCAACACCGCCCUGCUGGCCAAGGUUGGAGACCUCUCCACCAGCAGGCUGCCAGAGGAGACCCAGACUCGGCCCGUCUCGCAGCGCGACUCGGGGGGGACAUGGAACAUCAAGAUCCGUCCGGCAAGUGUGAAGACCUUUGACGAGGUCACCAUGGACAGCGGGACAAAUGAGGGUCACGGGGGCGGACAGUCCGACAGCGGGAUGGGCCUCUCCUCUGACAACAUGAAUACUCUCAAGAGACUGGAGUCGUUGGCCGGCCGACCUCUGAGCAUCAUGGCUCUGGCCAUGAAGGCAGCGAGCAAGAGCAAAGAGUCGGUGCUGACCGACCCAAACGUCCCCGAGGCUCUGGACUUAAGUCUGGACGACUCGGCGUUGGACGCCGACCUGGAGUGUCACAGCCCGCCGCCUGACUACAACUACGUGGUGCGCUACUCCACGCCACCCGUGUAACCUGCGCCCUGCACUGACUGACUGGCAGCCUGCGGGUCACCAGCCGCUUUUGUGGACGCUUGUGCACCGAGCGUGGAGACGAGGAGGCGUGCGUUGCUGUGAAAUGGCCGACGAGUCGACCGCGCCGCAGACUUUUGCAAGUGUUCCACAGGUGAUGACAGGCUCAGGUAUUCCAGUCAGCUUUAUCGGGCUCUUCUGGCGGCUACUGUGAAGUCACUCCACAAAAAUAGCAUCAUCAGGUCGUCAUCCCGCUGAUGACGCUAAAAGAUCAACUUACUUAGGAGGGAACUUCAAGUCACAAAUGAAUGGAACUUUUACUUUUCUUCUUACACUUUAAAUCAGGGGUGUCCGAACACGAUGGGCUUUUGUCAAGAGGCUAAAACCAACCCUUGUCCACAGGGAGGGGCGAUUCAUUGAAAAAUAACCAAAACCGACAUGGAGAGCUUCUCAUUGACGUCGAUUGUUUCCAUUAGGUUGGUUAUUUCGCCAUCUUGCUAGGUCUAGCAUGCCAGCGUUCGCAUUGCUAACAUGCUAAUAUUAGCAUAGUAGCAUUUUCUGCCAUUUUUUGAGUAUUAACAUACACAGACACUUUGCGCUACCAUGCUAGGUGUUGCUUUUAUUAGCUGUUUUUAUAAGUACAAACAUAUAGAAACACUUAAUGCGAUCAUUAAUUAAUUAAGUUAAUGUUAGCAUGCUAAUGUUAGCAUUGCUAGCAUGCUGACAUUAGCAUAGUAUCAUUUUCAGCCAUUUUCAUACGUGUUAACAUUGGCAAGCACCUCGUGCCAUCAUGCUAGGUUUAGCAUUGCCAACAUGCUAACAGCGUAUUAACAUUUUAGCUGUUUUCAUGAGUAGAAUCUUAUAUCAACAUGUGAGUGCUAUCAUGUUAGGUGUUAGCAUGUUAGUGCUAGCAUGCUAAUAUUAGCAUAAUGGCAUGUUUUUAGAUUAACAUACGCAGAAUUAACAGCCUGUUGUAACUUCCCCUGAGACUUUGCGUGCUAGUUGUACCAAAUGCUCUGCGAUUCCCCCCCCUUUGGAUACCCCUGCUUUAAAUUGAGUUUCUCCUCCUGUCCAUUGAAGGACUUCUUUAUGAAUUGUAUUUUCUUGUUAAAAGAAAAACACAUGAAGUGAGAAACACAAUUAGGAUGUCUCCCCACACCCGGCCCCCACUGCCAUUAAACAUGAAGCAUGUAUUUAUUUCUGUUGUCAACACUGUCAGUCAGUAAGUACAUAAGGUGUGUGAUAUUUAACCAAAGGUUAGCAUCCCGUCCCAUCACUGCACUGCCAGAAGUGAAGUGCUGGCUCACCCCCCGGAAGGAUUUCGGCAGGUUCCCUCCAUCGUUGUGAUAAUGAAAGGUUUGCAGGGCAGCUCUUACAUGGUUUGGUCAAUUGAAACCCCCUUGUUUUGACAGCAUUGUCUUCAAAGUGUUGAAUGAAAGUACCGUGGAGCAAACCAACGCACACACCUUCUUUCACCAACACACAGGAAGUCACUCUGUGAUCAUCAAUACAUCAACAAGUCAUCCACCGUGGAACAUUUUACAAGCAGAGGAAGUGAUUAUGCACUGAUACUUUAUCAUGUUUUUCUAUUCUAAUUGUAUCUUACAUUUUUAUGAAAUAGUGUUGAGGGUCACACGUCCGCUUACAUUUAACUCCUUAACUCCUUCACUAGCUUUUUUAACAUUUGACAGUAUUUUUCCUGUUUGUUGUAAAGUCCAAGCUUCAUGUCAGCUUCAUGUCAGCUUCAUGUCAGCUUCAUGUCAGCUUCAUGUCAGCGUAUUUGAAAUGAAGAAUGAACACAUCUCAUCUGGAUGUUGUUGUUUUUUUGUUUUUUUUAAUGGAACAGAUGUAAUAACCUGCAGCAGUUAAAAGCGUGUUGUUUAUUUUUCAUCCACUUCCUUUCACAAGCUUUAUGAUUAUUAUUGUUCCCAAGCACUGUUACUGGACAUAAAUAAAGAUUUAUAUAUUUAUA